AUGAGAGCCCAAUGGGUGACUCUCGCAUCCGGAGAAAUGGAGGAUUUACCGGCGACGCUCGACGAUUUCGAAGAACAACAGGCGUCACGUCGCAGACGAAAAGAGAUCCUGGCACAGCUUCUGAAGACUUGGAUCGACGUUCACGAAUCUCUAGUGCAGAUCAUCGGACAACAUUACCUACUUCAUUAUUAUCAUUUAUUAUUAUUAUUAUUAUUAUCAUUAUUAUUAUUAUUAUUAUUAUUAUUAUUAUUAUUAUUAUUAUUAUUAUUAUUAUUAUUAUUAUUAUUAUUAUUAUUAUUAUUAUUAUUAUUAUUAUUAUUAUUAUUGCUAUUAUACCUUCAUUAUUAUUUGCUAUUAUAUAUUAUGUUAGGCAAUUAUUCUAUAUUAUAG